UACAGUAUCUAUAAAAGACAGCUCCACGCAAUUCGCAUCAUCAGUUUCAUUUAACUUUCAUUCGACGCUUCUAGUGUAGAAACAUGAGAUUUAUUGGCGCCAGCAUCCUUUUGGCAUUGGCUUUAGGCAUAGCGCAUGCCGGAUUCGCAGGCAGCCUCGAUCAUGGUGCGGGCGGUGGCGGUGGUUAUGAUUACUCCGGCGGCGACCAGGGUGGUGAAGGACACUUGGAGCACGGUGGAGGAAAUCAGUUAGACAUUGGUGGAGGAGAAGGAGGGCAUUUGGAGCUUGGAGGCGGUGGUCACCUGGAACAAGACGGCGGCGGCGGAGGCGGUGGUCAUUUCGAACAAGGCGGUGAAGGCGGUGGAGGCCACCUUGAGCUUGGCGGAGGCGGUGGUCACUUCGAACAAGGCGGCGGAGGCGGUGGAGGCCACCUUGAGCUUGGCGGAGGCGGUGGAGGACACUUUGAAGUUAGCGGCGGCGGCGGUCAUUUGCAACUAGGUGGCGGCGAAGGCGGUGGUCACGGACUUGAACUUGGUGGAGGAGGUCACGGUCUUGAACUUGGAGGAGGAGAAGGUCAUGGAUUUGAGCAUCACGGUAUUGAUGGAGGGUCUGAGCACCAUCACAUCCCGACCAAAACUAUUGAGCAUACAAAGCCUGUCCCGGUGCAUAUUGUGAAAAAGAUUGGAGUUCCUGUUCCUCAUCCUGUAGGAGUACCUGUACCUCAAGUUUUUAAAGUACCCGUUCCUCAACCUUAUGCUGUCCAUAUUCCGGUGCCACAACCUAUCGCUAUCCCUAUCUACAAGCUGGUUCCUCAAGAAAUUGAGAAAAAGGUUCCAAUUACCGUUGAGAAAUUAGUCCCUGUCACAGUCGAAAAGCCCUUUAAAAUUGAAAUUGAAAAGCACCAUCCUGUAUACAUCGCAAAACCUUAUCCAGUUCACAUCCCUGUUUAUAAGCACGUAUUCCAUCACGUUCCCAAACACGGCGGUGGAGGCGGUGGUGGAGGUCAUGGAUGGCAUUAAGCGUCGAAUUAGGCUCAUCUGAUCAUUUCCAUUUUUUAUCAUCAACUCUUAACUUAUCAUCGCGAUCAUUUUGUUGUUAUUUUGUUACGUUUUGUUGAAUUUUGUACAAAUAAACAUUUUUUCUUAUA